AUGGCUGACUGCAACAACAUGAUGCUGGGAUGUAAGAGGCUCCCACGUGUCCUCGAUUGCUUCCAGACCUUGCCACCCGACAAGGAUUUCGUAGGAACGACUUUGGUCAUUCCAACGAUGCUGCAUCAGCUCGCGCACGCGAAGCGUGAUGCCCUAAGCAGCAACGUGCUCCAGGAGUUCCUCAGUCACUUCAAGGUCCUUGUCGGCGAAGAACUUUAG